AAAAAAAAAAGAAAAGAAAAUGGCGUCGCCGCGACGAUCGACGCUUCUUCUUUUCGUCCUUCUCGCCGCCUCCGCGCUUAUCGUAUCGGGCAGCGGCGGCGGCGAGGAGUUCAGGUGGGCUGCCAGCAGCAGCAGGAGGAGCUGCGAGGGGACGGUGGGGGAGUGUAACGUCGGUGACGACGACGGUGGUGACGGCAUGUUCGACGCAAGCGCUGCGCACCGGCGGGCUCUGGCGACGAUAACCGGAUACAUCAGCUACGACGCGCUGCGCAGCGACAGCGUGCCGUGCUCGCUGCGCGGCGCGUCCUACUACAACUGCCAGCCCGGGGCCGACGCCAACCCUUACUCCCGCGGCUGCUCCGUCAUCACCCUCUGCCGCAGCCUCCGCUAGUUGCUAGAUUUCGUCGUCAUUUUAUGAUCAUUCUAUUUAAAAGUGCUGUCUGUCCCUCCUUUUUCUCUCUCUCUAUCUCUCUCUCG